UCUCCAAGUCCCCAAUUUUCCCAUUUUCGCCUCGCCAGAGAGAGAGAGAGAGAGAGGGGGAGAGGAGAGAGAAAACUGGGGGAGAGAGAAAUCUCAAUCUACGUCCAAGCUCUGUUCUUCUUCCUGUCGACUUGCCAAAAAAAAAAAAAGCUCGAAUCUAUAACCAAACACAACAUUUCCAAUGCACUCAUCGCCGAUUCCCUAUCUGUGAUCUCCAACCCCGAUCGUACGAUGCUGUGAUUCGAUUCAAUCAGCGCGUUUUCGGCCGUUGAUUUGUCUCAAAUAAUGGACGGUGGCGAUGAUACGGAGGUCGCCGCGGCCCCGCCGCCGCCGCUCGAGUGGAAAUUCUCUCAGGUCUUCGGCGAACGAACGGCCGGUGAAGAAGUUCAAGAAGUUGAUAUCAUUUCAGCUAUUGAGUUUGAUAGAACUGGUGACCACCUUGCUACUGGUGAUCGUGGGGGUAGGGUGGUUUUAUUUGAAAGAACCGACACCAAAGAUAAUGGUGGAAGCCGCAGAGAUCUAGAGAGGAUGGACUAUGCAUUGAGUAGACAUCCUGAGUUCCGUUAUAAAACCGAGUUUCAGAGCCACGAACCUGAGUUUGAUUAUCUUAAGAGUUUAGAGAUCGAGGAGAAAAUCAACAAGAUAAGAUGGUGCCAAACAGCUAAUGGGGCCCUGUUUCUUCUAUCUACCAAUGACAAAACUAUUAAGUUUUGGAAGGUGCAAGAAAAGAAGGUCAAGAAAAUUUCUGAAAUGAACAUUGACCCUUCCAAAGCUGUUGGAAACGGUGGUGUUCCGAGUUCAAGUGUCUCCUCUAGCUCUCGAUCACACCUUGCAAAUGGAGGCUACCCAGAUAGAUCUUGCAUUGACUUCCCAUUCCCGCCAGGGGGCAUUCCAUCAUUACGUUUACCUGUGGUAGUAACCAGUCACGAGACCAGCCUUCUGGCAAGAUGUAGAAGGGUUUACGCCCAUGCACAUGACUAUCAUAUUAAUUCUAUUUCAAAUAACAGUGAUGGUGAAACAUUCAUAUCUGCUGACGAUCUACGAAUAAAUCUUUGGAACUUGGAAAUUAGCAAUCAAAGUUUCAAUAUUGUUGAUGUGAAGCCUGCAAACAUGGAGGAUCUAACUGAGGUGAUAACAUCAGCAGAAUUUCAUCCUACCCAUUGUAACAUGUUGGCGUAUAGUAGUUCAAAAGGGUCAAUUCGACUUAUUGAUUUGCGGCAAUCAGCUUUAUGUGAUACACAUACCAAAUUGUUUGAGGAACAAGAGGCACCUGGUUCAAGAUCUUUUUUCACAGAAAUAAUUGCAUCAAUUUCAGAUAUUAAAUUUGGAAGGGAAGGAAGAUACAUACUUAGUCGUGAUUACAUGACUCUUAAGUUGUGGGAUAUUAAUAUGGAUUCAGGUCCAGUGUCAACUUUCCAGGUUCAUGAAUAUCUCAGACCUAAGCUAUGUGAUCUAUACGAAAAUGAUUCCAUCUUUGAUAAAUUCGAGUGUUGCUUGAGUGGUGAUGGGCAGCGCGUGGCAACAGGUUCUUACAGCAAUCUAUUCCGUGUCUUUGGUUGUGCUGAUGGCAGUACUGAGUCAACGACUUUGGAAGCCAGCAAAAACCCGAUGAGGAGACCAGUUCCGACCCCAUCAAGGCCUUCCAGAUCUCUUGGCAGUAUAACCCGUGUCGUGAGAAGAGGAGGUGAAAGCCCAGGUGUCGACGCAAAUGGAAAUUCUUUUGACUUCACAACAAAGUUGCUCCACCUAGCAUGGCACCCAACUGAAAACUCAAUUGCUUGUGCUGCUGCAAACAGCCUGUACAUGUACUAUGCAUGAAGAUGAGAAAUCGAUUUUCGCGUGUUUAAACUUUUCUGGGUUGCUAUUGGAGAAAGCACUAUUCCCUUCUGCGCCCUCGCCGGCAGCAUGAGAGGCUUCAAAAAGGUUUCUCACAUUUCCAGGGCCUCCUAUAUAUGAAGAUUUAGAAGCCACUUUUGCAGAAUACAAGUCAAAGCAACUCAUCUCUAUCACUGGCUAAGCAGAUUGCUUUCUGGCGGUGUGAUCACCCUCGAUUUCUUUAUUUUUAGCCCUUUCUUCUCAAAGGAAAGAUGCGGAUCUGUUUUCUAUUUUGUUGGGUUGAAAUCAGGAAAAUAUGAUUGUAGCUCUCCUACAACAGAAUGUCCAAUACUGCCACUAGUUUUAAGAUAAAUGUAGUUUUUGCCCCAUUUUUCUGGUACUUUUUGCAAGAAGCUGCUGAAAACAUUCAGUGAUUUCAAGCUUAUAUUUAAUUCUUCUAGGGGUACGGUUGAAAUUCUUUUUUAGGAUAAUAACUGUAGUUCUGUUAUAGUCAAUCAAGGACUUUUGUAACAA